AUGAGACCGCUCGGCCGACUCGCGGUGUGUUCACCCUGCGCGCGCGCAACGUGGCGGCCAUGUGCGCGCCAGUCGUGUACCGGCCGCGGUCGAAACAUGUCGCGUCUACCGUUGCUGCUGCUCUUCGCGGCGGCCCACAGCUGCGCCAGCGCCUACGUCACGGAGCCGCCGUCGUUCGCCAGGCGGCUGGACAGGCUGUACGAGAAGCUCGAGCGGUUCACCCUAGCGCCGGUGCAGCGCCGCGACAGGCUCGGCGACAAGCUUAACGCGAAGCUGGACAAGCUGGACGCGCUCGCGCCGGACCGCUUGGACGAGGACGAGGAGCUGGCGACGAUGAUGCAGCUGUUCGGAGACAUGAGCGACGAGCAGGUGCGCGAUGUCGUGAAGGAGCUGCAGAAGAUGAAGGAGCUCCCUGAUGAUGAGAAGGGGGACAAGUUGGCGGACGGCGACUACGCGGAGGACUGGAACGACGCGGACACGCUUCUACAAGAUUUAGGGGAAGGGGACUACGCGAUGGAUGGCGAAGACUGGCACCCUUUGGACGACCCUGAAGUUUCGACCUUCAAGCCCGGGUCCGUAGUGCCGUCAGCUAUAACGAAAAUCGACUCUGGCUACCGGGAAGUAGUGCUAUCCGCUGUGGACCCAGUAGCUGCCACCAACGAAAGACCGAGGAUCUUGGACGACUCAAACCUCACGCCGGCAGAGAAGGCAGCACUGCAACGCAGUGUGGUCGCGAACAUGAAAACGGUCUUGCGGACCGGCACGUGCCAGACGCCGCAGCCACGCUGGCUGCCAGUGCGACAGCUCGCGCCAGCCGCUAAUACUGUGUACAUACCGGCGUGCGUGCAGCUGCACCGAUGCGCGCCUGACGCCGGCUGCUGCUAUAGCGAGGCCGAGGUGUGCGCGCCCGUCGACGGGAAGCACGUCGCGAUACCCUUCUUUUUGAGCAAAGUUGAUGGUACCCUGACCGUCGCCCGCAUGCUGUUCUUCAACCACACGAGCUGCGCUUGCGUGUCGCGCGAGACGCUACAGAGCACCGCGCGGGCGAGGAUCGAACCGCAGCCCAUCACGGAGGGCCAGAAGUCCAAGCAGGAGGGCGAUUGGCGGCAGCCCACUGAGGAGCCGAGGCUGGAGAGGGACGAGGAGAGGACAGCGCCGCCGCAAUUGAAGAGGUGCACGUGCCCGAUGCUGUUCGCGGCGCGCACGUCCGCGCUGGGCGCGUGCUUGUGCACGUGCGAGUGGGCGGACGCGGGGCGGCGGCGCGACUGCCAGUCGCUGGCGCGCGGCCGCGAGCACUUCGGGCUGCGCGACCGCGUGUGCGUGCAGCGGGGCGAGUGCUCGCCGCCCGGCUGCGACGCGGGCCGCUACGAGCCCGCGCUGGGCCGCUGCCCGCCGCACCGGCCGCGCCCCUACCGCCGCGUGCGCUUCCACCGCGCGCGCCCCCGCGCCGACGGGGCGGCGGACACCAAGACG